AUGGCAGUUCAUCGUGCGGUGCUUAAGCAGAAGCACAAGCCCUUUAAAAAUGGCAAAGGCAACGGGGUGAAGCCUAAGCGGCCGUCGACCACCGUUGGCAAGGACGUUGCUCUGCACCGUCGGGACAAAAAAAGCCGCAUUGUGGCAAAGACGAAGAAUCUUCGGUCAGCCAUUCAGUAUGAAGCUCCAAGACUGGUAUUCGUGCUGCCUUUCCACGAAACUGCGAACGCCCAUGAUUUCAUACACGCCGCGGCCUGCCAGGUGUCUGUAGAGUCCGCCAAGGAUGUUCGCUCUUCCCCCGACGGCUGGACUGUCUCAUCGCCGAUUCUUCUCCCAGCAUCUAUGCUACGUGACGGUUUACCACGCCGUGUCAUCUUGUUUGCGUGCCCUCGUUCGCUUUCGGACAUUCUCUAUGCGGCAUCGGUGGCUGAUGUCUUGGUCUGUCUAUUUCGUGGAAGUUCGAACGAUGAUUCAGCAUACGACGAUUUCGGAUACAAGGCUCUGAGUGUGAUUCGUCAGCAAGGUGUGCCACCGCCUGUCGGCGUGGACCUAGAGAUCGGUUUACCGGGCGACCGCUCUGCCAGCAGUGCUCUGGUGAGGCGCUACUUCUUUGAUGAGCUUGGCAGUGACAAGAAGUUUGUAAGCAUCAAAAAUAUUGACGAUUUUGCUGCUGCUAUCACCGCUAUAGGAUGUGUGUCGCUCACGGGAUUGACAUGGCGUUCUGGUCGUAGUUACCUGAUGUCUCUGGAUCACAGUUACGAUGCUUCCACACGACAGCUUUCGGUUGUUGGUUACGCUCGCGGCCUUGGUUUCAGCGUUCGGCACCCUGUGCAUAUAACCGGAUUCGGAGACUUUUUGGUGCAGCGCAUAGAGCUCUUGUCGGACUCAUGCCCAGUGAAGCGCUCCAGUGCUAUGGAAUCGGAGAGUGUGGUCGAGGAGAUGAGUGACGAAAUCGCAAGGGAGCUAGCACAGGAAGUUGAGUGUCUGUCUAAUACGAUGCCUCGACCAUCUGAAAUGGCUGACGGCAACGACCUCCUUGAGGACUUUGAGAAGUGUGUUCGUGUUGGUGGAGUUUCGGAUGAAGACGUGGAUAUGCACGACGGAUCUGGCGAUGAGGACGGCCAUGGUGAGGAUAGCGGCGGUGAAGACAUCGACACGUACUUCAGUAACCUAGAGGACCUGAACCCGAGUCAGAAGCGAAUUGAAUUCGAGAAGCGUGCGCUAGAGGACCUAAGCUUCCCCGACGAAGUGGAUACCCCUGUUGACGUGCCAGCACGCGAGCGUUUUCGUAAAUAUCGGGCUCUUCGCAGCAUCAAGGAAGGCGCGUGGGACCCGUACGAAUCUUUGCCUUCGGAGUAUCUUCAGAUUUGCGAAUUCGAGAACUUUCGCACAACCAUGGCGCACUCUAGGAAGUCCGUUGAAAUGAACUGCAACCGCACCGGUACUUCCGGGAGAUACGUUAGGUUAACACUUUCCAAUGUUCCGGCCGACUGUCAUGAGCGCAUGUGCACCACUGCUGGUCUGUCGACCGGAAAGACCGCGAAGCCACUCGUAUUAUCCGUGGUCUUUCCAUUUGAGAGGAAGGUUUCAGUGUUGAGCAUGAGCGUCACUCGUAGUUUCGAAGGCCCGGACUCUAUCGCAUCGAAGCGUGAUGUACUGAUGUACUGCGGCUUCCGUCGUUUCCCAGCACGACCAAUCUACAGCGAGGACGUGGCUGCAGAGCAUGGUCGUUUCGGCACAUUCUGCCGUUUCGUACACAAGGGACACACCGUUGUUGCAUCCAUUUAUGGUAUGGCGCUAUUACCCAACACUCCAGUCGUGAGCCUCGACGCGGCCGACCCGUCUGUGAUGCUCUACGGUGGCAUCGUGAGCGGCGCGGAUCCGACCCGCAUCGUGCUGAAACGCAUUGUGCUUACUGGUUAUCCGUUCCGGGUGCACAAACGAACGGCUGUGGUGCGUUACAUGUUCUUCUCACCGCGUGACGUGAGGUACUUCAGGCCCGCUGGUCUCCACACUAAGCGUGGUUUGCGAGGCGCGAUAAAGGAACCACUGGGAACCCACGGGUACAUGAAGUGCAUGUUCAACGAUGUGAUACGGCAAGACGACAUCGUCUGCCUCGCGCUAUUCAAACGCGUAUAUCCCAAAUGGCACCCGCAAUCGUGGACCGUCUGGCUAGACCAGAUUGACACGCAGUAA